GGCAGAGCUCCUCCCCCGGCUCGCUCUCUCUCCUCCCCUCCGCGCGGCCGUUCCUCUCUCCCUCCUCCUCCUCUUCCUCAGUGAGGCGCUCCUCCGGCAGGCAGGCAGCAUGGCGGCCGUGGAGACUCGGGUGUGCGAGACGGACGGCUGCAGCAGCGAGGCCAAGCUCCAGUGCCCUACCUGCAUCAAGCUGGGCAUCCAGGGCUCGUACUUCUGCUCGCAGGAAUGUUUUAAAGGAAGUUGGGCUACUCACAAGUUACUUCAUAAGAAAGCGAAAGAUGAAAAGGCAAAGCGAGAAGUGUCUUCCUGGACUGUAGAAGGUGACAUUAACACCGACCCAUGGGCAGGUUAUCGAUAUACUGGUAAACUCAGACCACAUUAUCCACUGAUGCCAACAAGACCAGUGCCGAGUUAUAUUCAAAGACCAGAUUAUGCUGAUCAUCCUUUAGGAAUGUCUGAAUCUGAACAGGCUCUUAAAGGUACUUCUCAAAUUAAAUUACUCUCAUCUGAAGAUAUAGAAGGGAUGCGACUUGUAUGUAGGCUUGCUAGAGAAGUUUUGGAUAUUGCUGCUGGGAUGGUUAAACCAGGUGUUACUACUGAAGAAAUAGAUCAUGCUGUACAUUUAGCAUGCAUUGCAAGAAAUUGCUAUCCUUCUCCCCUGAAUUAUUAUAAUUUCCCAAAGUCUUGUUGUACUUCAGUGAAUGAAGUCAUCUGCCAUGGAAUUCCAGACAGACGGCCUUUGCAGGAAGGCGAUAUUGUUAAUGUGGAUAUCACACUUUAUCGAAAUGGUUAUCACGGGGACCUGAAUGAGACAUUUUUUGUUGGAGAUGUGGAUGAGGGAGCACGGAAACUAGUUCAGACCACCUAUGAGUGCCUGAUGCAAGCCAUCGAUGCAGUGAAACCUGGUGUUCGAUACAGAGAAUUGGGAAACAUUAUUCAGAAGCAUGCCCAAGCAAAUGGGUUUUCAGUUGUUCGGAGCUAUUGUGGGCAUGGAAUCCACAAGCUUUUUCAUACAGCACCCAACGUACCCCACUAUGCCAAAAAUAAAGCAGUUGGAGUGAUGAAGUCGGGCCAUGUAUUUACAAUUGAGCCAAUGAUUUGUGAAGGCGGCUGGCAAGAUGAAACCUGGCCAGAUGGUUGGACCGCGGUGACGAGAGACGGAAAGCGGUCUGCUCAGUUUGAACACACCCUGCUGGUCACGGACACUGGCUGUGAAAUUCUAACCCGGCGACUUGAUAGUGCACGGCCUCACUUCAUGUCCCAAUUUUAAUUUUUCCCGAGAUGGCACAUCUCAAUAAUACCUUCUUACUGUACUAUGCAUUUUAUUGAGAGUACAGAAAGGAAGAGGAAAUUUUUUUUAUCACUUGUUUUGUUUUGACUAUAGAUAAGAAAGGACUACAGCAUUUGAUAUGUGUCCUCAAGAACUUGUCUUGGAUUUGCGAAAGCUGAGAAGAAUAAAGAGAACAUUGCUCAACUCCUUUCAGUCACCCUGCCACCGUCCUUCCCCCCCAUCUCUGCACAUCUGUUUUCUCAUUUGCUUUUUGAGCACUUUUACUUAAACCUGCUUCUAGUUGCUUUUAUCACUGCCACAAACCAGCCAUCAAGAGCCAGCUGCUUCCUGGGUGAAUGUUGAAGAUGAGAAUCCUUGAAACUUUAGCAAUAUAUGUUGCUCCAGAUUUUUUAAAAAAAUUUUAUAUAGAAAUAUGUAUACAUUUUAAAUUUCAUAUACAUAGUUACUGAACACUAUGUGACCUGGGAUUUGUGUUGAUUCUGCUCCUACGGGGUUAUAUGCUAUCAUAAAUGGACCCAUAGUUUGCAAUGAUUUAAUUCCUAGUUGGGAAUUGUCCUGUCCCCCACUCCUUGCUAAUUAUUUACCCUUGUAAUUGUGCAUAGGAAAGCACUCAAUGAUACUUUCUCUCCAAUGUGGACUGUGUGUGUUUGUCAGUGAAUGAGUGUGAUAAAAUUCAGUUUGGAAGAAGGUUAUCAGGCUUUUAAAAGUCUAGCUUAUGCCAGAAGUAGCCAUGCUCCAGGUGGUGGCUGGCUGUUGCAGGGCAUGAGAAUUUUGUAAUACACUGCUAUUUCAGACCUUUAUUUGGUCAGAAGUAGGAGGGGAAAAAGCUCCCUUUCUUCCCAUCUGUUUUAUUUCAAGGGCAUACAUUGGCAAUACUCAGAAGCACGGAGGUUGUACUGUGGAGGAUGAUGGGAAAGAAUUCUAAAAUGUCUACAGCUGUGAGCACAGUAACUCAGGUGGGCUUUUAGAUUCUAAUAUUUAGUAAACCUGAUGGUGAGAAAGGAACUUUGAGUACUGGUAACCUUGCAGUAGGGAUGCAGCUGUCCUUGGUGUGCUGCAAACACACCUCAUCUUUACAUAGUGGGGAACCUCAUUAGAAAUGACUUUAGCUGCUGAAUAUCUAUGCUCCUUUCAACAGUUGUCCAAAUAGGAGUGUAUCCAAUGAGGACACAUCGGAUCAUAAAGUCAUUGUCAUUCUUGUGUACUUGAUUACUGGGUAUGUGAUGACUUCCUUGUAAUGUAAUUUGAUAACACUGACACAUUAUACUUGUAAGAGAACAUCUUUUCCAGAGUGCCUCAGACCUUACUGCUUUAAAAAAAUUAUGAUAAUGUUUUCAUUACUUUUAUUAUUUUAAUGAUUUAGUAAAGUGACUAAAUCUGGUAUAGACUUUUGGGGGGAUGUGUGUGAAGUUUUUAUCAAACUGUAAUUUUUGUGAAUGGAAUGCCUUGCAAUAUGAAUGUUAAUAUAAUGUGUAAAGGGAAAUUAAAAGUUUGAUUAUCCCACCA